UCCAGGUGCUGUCGAGGACGAAGGCUAGAGGUAUGUUCAUAUUUGGGACGUUUUUUAAAAAAUGGAUUUGACUCAAGAGGCUAUUUUAAACAUGUUAAUAGAAGGGGGAGGAAAGGUGAAAAACUCGGAUAUACUGAACAAGUUUAAAGGACCCCUGAAUUGUAGUGAUCUGGCAGAGAAGAGACAAAACCGAGAACUUUUCAAGACGUUUGUAAACAACAUUGCCGUUGUGAAAGAAUUCCAAGACACCAAGUAUAUAGUCCUAAAGAAACUAUAUCUGCAUUUAUUAGAAGUCUCUAAAGAUGAAAACACCCUAAGAGAAGAGGAUGAAGAACAUGUAUCACAUGCAGCAGAAGAUUUAACAAAUGCAGAUGGAAACAAGUCAGACCCAAAAACAUUGAUUAUAUCUACCUCAAAAUCUUCACACAGCACCGUGGGACAGUUUUCUCCAGAAAGAAGCAAGAAUGUGGACCUUCAACCUACAAAGGUUCGAAAUUUCAUCGUUCCUCUCAAAUCUGACACCGAUGACUCAGAUAAACAUGGAGCUGCAUGCCCUGCCAAGAAAGAGGCGAGCACAAACAAACCAUGUGCGCUGCCUUUACGGAUGCCUCCAGUGCACAUCAGUUAUCAGAAAACCUCCACCGAGCACUCGGGAACUGUCAGCUCUGCCCAAGAGCCUCAUUCCUCACCUCAAUGUAAGAGGAGACCUUCAACAGGCAGUGUCGCCAGCGCUAGGGGCUCCCCACAGGUGCAGAGACACUUCAAGGCCCCUAAACAGUCCGAUGAGCCCAAGUACUCACACCAUUACCCACUCGACUCCCUGGAGCACCAGUGGCUCGUGAAGUCUGCGGCCGGUCAGUGGAGUCAGGUGUAUGGCCUGCUUUUAAAGGAUGCUCAUCUUGCAGAGAAGAAGGACUUCAUGUCUGGUUUCACGGCCUUACACUGGGCUGUCAAGUGUGGAAACGUUGAGAUGGUCUGCAGAAUUAUCGAGGUGUCGAGGAAAAGUGACCAUGCAGUGGACAUUAAUGCCAAAUCACACGGUGGUUACACACCGCUGCAUGUCGCUGCUAUUCAUUGUCAACUCCAUAUAACUGACCUGCUAGUCCAAUAUGGUGCCAACAGAAACCUAAGGGACAACUGCGGUAAGAGACCAUACCACUAUCUGCGCAAAGAGGAUCCGAGGGAGCUGAGGCAACUUCUAGGAGACCCCAAAGCUGUCAACCGGGAGAUGCGUCAGGUCAGGGAUGACUACGACCCAAAUAAACACACUAUAAGCCGUCUCUUCCAGCCGGCACUCCCAGUGGGGCUCAAGAAGAAGAACAAGGCCAGAGUGUCGUUGAUCUCCGUGACUGAAUAUAACAGAGAGGAUGAGCCCGUGUCACAUAAAUAGAGGCUAUCUGAUGUGUUUCACUAAUUGAGCCAAAAUGUAGAACUGUCCUUUAGGAAAUGCAAAAUGAAGGCUCAGUUUUAAGUAUGGUGAUAGAUAAACAAAAUACAUGUUCCAGCAAAACUUUCAUAUUAAUGGACAAAUUGUAUCUUACAUAUUAAUUUAAUACUCCCUAUUAUUGUAUGUGCGAUGAUGUGUUUAACUUAUUUGAAUGAUUGAUUGUAGAUUUAUUAUUGACUACAGCAGAGUUGCAGAAGGGAUAAAAUGUUAGGGAACCUUCUAUUGCUGUAAAAGCUUUCUUGGCUAGCCCAAAUAGAACAUUAGAAUGUACGUUCUGGAACAUUCCCGGAAUGUUCUAGGAACCAAAAUAUGGUUAGCUGGGGUAUUAAAGGAAUGUUCGAAUUCAAUACAAGUUAACCUCAAUCGACAGCAUUUGUGGCAUAAUGUUGAUUACCACAAAAAAUGAUUUUGACUUGCCCCUUCUUUUCUUAAAAAAGCAAAAAUCUGUGUUACAUUGAGGCACUUACAAUGAAAGUGAAUGGGGCCAAUUUUUGAAUGUUAUAAUACUCACUGUUCCAUAAGUACAGACACAAGACAAACAAUAUGAGUGUUUUUUUUUACGAUUUGACAACUUCGUUACCAUGAUGAUGUAAAGUCAACAAACCCUAAAACGACUGUAAAAACUAUGCUUUAAACAACUUUACAGCUCAAAUAAUACAUGAUUUUCAAAAGAAGAAUUAAUGUAAAUGCUUUUUAAGUGAUUAUAAGCUUCACAUUUCUGUUUAAAUCCUCCAACAAUUGGCCCUCAUUCAGUCGAUUGUAAGUGCCUCACUGUAACCUCGAUAUUUGCUUUUUUAAAAGAAAAGGAGGAACGAGUCGAAAUACAUUUUUGUGGUAAUCAACAUUAUGCCACAAAUGCUGUUGAUUGAACUUAACUUGUAUUGAACCCGGAAUAUUCCUUUAAAGACAGUACUGAAUGAUUGAAUCAGACACUGUAUAUAUGAAUCGGCCUUAUAUGAGAUUCUAAAUGAAUUGUCAGCUGUGGAAGAAUUCUGUGUUCAUUUAAUUUCAUUUUAAUUUCAAUUACUUUAAUGUUCUUACAUCUUUCCCUGUAAACAGAACUGUAUUUAUGGGGGUAAUUACAGAUUAUUGAAAAGUAUGAGACUAUUUGAUAUUGUGAGAUUAAAGCUGACUGAUGAAUAAUGAGAUCAAUUUAUCAAAAGUUAAAGUUUGAGUGCUAUUUCUAUUAAGGUGGGAGCAGAAAUCAUUGGGAGUGCCCAAACUGUUUUUUAAUUGUUCUUUUCUGUCUAAUCAUCAGGAAUGUUUCGCAGGAAUGUAUUGUGUAAAGCAAGGCAAACUUUAUCAUGUGAUGUGAAUUGAUAUGAUCUGAGUUGUAUCUACAGCCUAAUGACUUUAGACUUAAAAAUCUGAAAAUACGUACAUUACAUGCAUCAUGCAUGUGUGUUUGUAUCAUGUAUUACUAAUAUAUUUGACUUUUUAUCAAAUACUGCAUUAACAUUGCCAUUUAUAAUCUGUAACAUUACAUUUUACCAAAGACAAGGCAAAACCAUUUAAAUUUAGUUUAUUAUUGAUUACAAAAAAUAAAUAAAUCAAUAAUCAGACCCAUUGGAAAUAAAGAGUGUCAGUAAUGUUUUUUUUAGACACACAAAACAAUUCAGUUCAGCAUCUGUGAUCCGUGCAUUUAUGAAUGUCUGAAAUUGUCAUCACUGUUUGUUAAUAUAAUUGUCAGGGGGUGCCAAUUUUAUAUAUACAGCUCUGGAAAACAUUAAGAGACCACUGCAAAAUGACCAAUUUCUCAGGAUUUCAUAUUUAUAGGUAUGUAUUUGAGUAAAAUUAACAUUAUUGUUGUAUUCUAAGUACUGACAAAAUUUCUCCCAAAUUCCAAAUAAAAAUAUUGUCUUUUAGAGCAUUUACACUGCAUGCACAAUGUGAGUAUUCUGAUCUUAUCAUUAUUUCCAUGAACAUUUUCCA